AUGGACGAUUCAACUUCUUCCUUACUAUGUGGAAUCACCAGAGCCAAAGAAACAACUUCCUACGAAGAUGCAAAGAAAGUUUUGAUCAAAGAAUAUUCCUUAUCAAAGUACGACCGAGUGAAAACUUACCUUGAUGCGAGACCUGGUUCGGAUGAAAAACUCACGAUGUUCCAUGCAAGAACGGAAUCUAUCGUGGAAGAUCUAACACUCGAUGACUUCUUUAAGUAUUGUCUCCUCCGAAAUGCUCCUUCAGCAGUCCGUCUUCAAUUAUCGGGAACGAGUUUUGAUUCCACACCAUUGACAGACCUCCUCAAAGAGGCCGACUCAUUAUCCCAACGUGCUAAUACCGAUGCAAACGUAGUCGCAGCAUUCCAACCCAAAGAUAAGGACAAGGCUUCUGGAG